AUGUCGGGGAUUAAAAGAAAAAUAGAAGACGGUGACCCUGACUAUGAAGAUAUUGCACUCGUCCAAAAUAGUAAGCGAAACAAAGCUGCGGAGUUAAGUGCUCGAGAUGCAACAGUACAAAAGAUAGAGGCUAUCAUCACUGAGCAGUUCUCUUUGGAGAUGAAGAAUAAAGAGCAUGAAAUAGACAUCAUCAGUCAGCGACUGAAUGAAGCCCGAAGGAUGAUGGACAAGUUAAGAGCGUGCAUAGUAGCCAAUUUCUACGCCAAUGCUGGCAUGACAAAGCUCCAGGAGAGCUCUAAGAGUGACCCUGCCGUGCUCAACCACCCAGCCAUUCGCAAAUUCCUGGAAUCGCCGUCUCGUUCCUCGUCACCGCUCAACCAGGGCUCCGAGACGCCUUCGUUGGGCCAGUCGGAGUCGGAGUCCCUCUCGCAGCACGGAGAUGGUACUGACAAGGAAGCGGAGGGAGCUUGGAGAGAGGACGGCGGUCGGCAUGAACGGAGACCCGGCCGCAACACUGGGAAGGACACAUUUGGUGUGGCAACAAUGCUUGCAAACGAGAAGAGGACGACAUACCACACCACUGGAAACGAGGCAUCAAGACUCUAUGCAAAGAAGACAAUCGUCGUGGGGAAUGUUUCCAAAUACAUUCCUCCUGAUAAGCGGGAGGAGAAUGACCAGUCGACUCACAAGUGGAUGGUGUACGUCAGAGGCUCCAGGAAGGAGCCCAGCAUUGAUCACUUUGUCAAGAAAGUCUGGUUCUUUUUACACCCCAGCUACAAACCUAAUGACCUGGUGGAAGUCAGCGAGCCUCCGUUUCAUUUAACUCGUCGCGGGUGGGGUGAGUUUCCAGUGAGGAUCCAAAUCCACUUCAAAGACCAUCGCAACAAACGUAUUGACAUCAUUCAUCAGCUGAAGCUUGACCGAACUUACACUGGACUACAAACACUGGGGGCGGAGACGGUGGUCGACGUUGAGCUUCAUCGGAAUUCUCUUGGCGAGGAAUACAUCUUGCAGCCAUCUUCCUCCAAAGUAACCCACAGAGCGAACAGCCCAAUGGUAACCUCGACUCCGCAGCCUUGCGGACUCGCUACUUCUCUCAACACGUACGAUUCAAAUUCUGAGAGAGGUUCGAUUAAAGCAGAGUCGAGUACGUCAGCAGGAGGCAACUCAGUCCUCACUGUGGGCGAACGCACACCCACGCGACCCAAAGCUAGUGACAGGAUCACUUUGGGUUCCCAUGGCAACUCAGCCUUCCAGCCCAUUAUGGCAAGCUGCAAAAUUGUUCCCCAAGGACAGCCGCCGAGCCCCGCUGUGUCUCCCGGGAAAUCGUUUCAACCGAUAACGAUGAGCUGCAAAAUUGUCUCAGGUUCGCCCAUCUCUACACCAAGCCACUCACCGCUGCCUUGUAGGCCCACCUCCUCCACCCCUGUCCACAAUAAACAGAAUUCAUCCUCAGUCCUCAACAACCCUUAUGUCAUCGUGGACAAGCCGGGCCAAGUGACUGGUGUGGCAUCCUUGCCGUCCGCCUCCGCAGGAAGCCCCUCGGCCAAACAGUCUGCUGCUCAGGGAUCCCGCUCUCCAGCCCCCAAAGUUCACACAGGCACAUUCCUCUCAUCCGGAAUGAAAGUCAUCAUUAAGCAAGAACCAGGGGAAGUUUCAACACAACAACAACAACAGCAGCAGCAGAUGGCUUCCACGUUAAUCACCCAGCAGCAACCAGCUGCUUCAGCGUCACAUCAGGUUGUCUCAGUCAAAGGAGGACACGUGAUCUCCAUGUCGGCCCAGAAGCAGGCGGGAGGGGGCUCAGGGGCCGCGACAAACAAGAUGGUAGGUAUUCCAAUGAGUUCAACACUUCAGUCCGCAGUGAAACAGGUGGCCAUCAGCAGUGGGCAGAUUUUGGUCGCCAAGGGCAACCCCUCUGCCUCCAAGGUGGUGAGCGGGAAGCAAGUUUUGGCUCAGGGGGUGGCAAAAGCCAUUGUGAGUGGUGCCAGCGGCAUCUCGGCUCAGCAAGCUACAGCCAAAGCGAGCGGGGGUUCCAGUGGCAAGACUGGAGUGAUGGCUACGCUUCAACUGCCUGCCAACAACUUGGCUAAUCUGGCCAAUUUGCCUCCGGGCACCAAGCUCUACCUGACCACCAACAGUAAGAACCCCUCAGGGAAGGGCAAGCUGCUUCUCAUCCCACAAGGAGCCAUUCUCCGAUCAUCAAAUUCAGGUCAGCAGUCUCAGAACAGCUCAUCAGCGGGUGCAGGGGGCACUCAGACUUCCUCCUCUUCGUCAUCCAGCAGUUUGCCUUCCAACCUCGCCUACACAUCCUAUAUCCUCAAACAGACCCCUCAGGGCACCUUUCUUGUAGGCCAGCCAUCACAGGGUUCAGGAAAGCAGGGGAGUUCGGCCGCUGCGGCAAAUGCGACGUCAUCUCCAGCGAACGCUUCUCAGCAGGCCAUUCGCGUCACAGCUGGACAGAAAGCAGCCAUUUUGGCUCAGAUGGUUGGCAGCUCCCAGGGCGCUCAAGUGAAGUUGUCUGACGGGUCAGUGAAGACCGUGACAGCGGCAGGCCAUUUGUCUAAACCGGGGAUGACCACAUUGAGAAUGACUGGCGGAAUCAUCACUGCUGCUAGCUCCACUCCCAGCUCUGUCAGUGCUGCAUCCGCUGCCAACCAGCAGCAGGCUUCUGAUGGUGGAAAGUCUGCCUCCCAGCAUCACUCCCUUUUAAUGGCAGCCAAUCAAGCGGCAGUGAUCAGUGCGGCAAAGAGCGCCAGCGCUGCGGGAGCUGGCGGCUUGUCCAAGACUGCCAUGGCCGCCUUGGUCAAAGGUGCCACUAUAGCCAAAAGUGCUGCCGGUUCAGCCGGCGCGGCGUUAACCAAGGGUGUCGCUAGCAUGCCUGUCGUUAGCGUGGGCAAGGGUGCGGGCGGGAGCACCGUGGUACCUAAAUGCGGUAGUACAUCACUAGUCACAGCAGCAUCGCUGGUCAGUGGGACGGCAACAGUAGGCGGAAAGUCGACUUCAACCCUAUCCGGCAUGCUGAAAAUCCACUCUGGCAGUUCCAACUCUCAGCAGACAGUUUUAACUAUCCCUGCUAACCAGUUGAAGCAGCUGGGGGUGGCCAGUGGGUCAGCGGGGAUGCAGACCAUAUUCAUGCCUGUAAGCAAAGUCAAGACGGAGCCGUGCGCCGGCACGGCUGUCACCGCCGGUCCGUCACCCCCGGCAACAGCCCACGUCCCCACAUCUGUCCACGUUCCGUCAGUAUCUGCCACAGUCAAGCAGGAACAAGGCACUGAUCAUUCUACACAUGACCUCAUCAACACGGAGCACAUAGAGACCAUGAUGCAGCUACUUACGGCUGUGGUGAAGAAGUUCCCUCUCAUUGUGCCAGAUAAGUCGGAAGACUCGCAUCCAUUCUGUGCCUCUUCAACAGAACAGUAUUAUUCCUGGAACAUUGGGAAACGCAGGGCAUCAGAACUUCAGCGAGCAGUGGCCGUCAAGCGAACCAUCCAGAACAUUUUGGAUCAGUCGCCUCGACUCCAAGCUCUGACGCCCCUUAAGACUAGGGAGGUGGUGCAGUGGUGUCGGCAGAGGGGGUACACCCCACCCGACCCCGAACCCCAACACAAGAACGACGACGAAUCCAUUGAAGACAUCCUCACGCAGAUUGACAGUGAGCCAGAGUGCCCCACCACGCUGACCAGCAGUGACGAGCUGAUCAUGCGGCUGGAGCAAAUGCAAGCGCUGCUAAAGACCGAACCGGAGGAGGCUGAUGAGGAGAUUGUGGACAUCGUGACAGUAUCGCCACCGUGCCAGAAACUGAAGGUCAAGGAGGAGGAGCAAGAGGCUGACACGGAGCCAAAGUUCUUCUUGGGGCCCUGCAUGGCGGCCCAGUUUGUCAGUGAAGCGGCUCAGCAGAUUGGGGUCACCUUCCAACCAGUAGAGGUGGAGAAGAACCUCUUUGCUCCAGUGAUUGAAGACAUGAUUGUGAAGGCAACAGAGCAGUUGGCCAGUGACAUCCUGAGAGAAGCUCUGGCUAGCGCCUUCGCCAAAUCCCCUCAGAACAGGGCUCCAAAAGAAAUCACAGCCAUGAAUGUCCACCAGGCCAUCUGUAGCAUCCCAACAUGCGACUUCCUCACCAAUUCACACAUGGGUUACCUGACUAAGGACAACUGA